GCGCGCACCCGCGACGCCGCCGCGCGCGUCCGUCCGUCAUGGGUUCCGUCCUCGGGAAGAUCACGGAGGAGCUUCCCCGGCACGAUGUCGUCAAAAAGGCGGCGAGCGGAUUCUACGAGAUUCGCCGAUACGCCCCCGCGGUCGUCGCGGAGACGUCGUACCGCACGAGCCGAGGGAUGUUCGAGGGAGACCAGGGCGGGUCGUUCAUGCGCCUGGCCAAGUACAUCGGGGUCAUGGCGAAGCCCCAGAACGAUACCACGACCGCGAUAUCCAUGACCGCGCCGGUGCUCAUGUCGCGCGGCGCCGGCGACGGCGCGGAUACUCCCGUCGGCGCGUCCGAGGGAUCUCAUCCCGAGACCACGACGUACAAGAUGGCCUUCUUCAUGCCCGCCAGUCGCUUCUCGAAGGCGUCGGACGCCCCCAAGCCAACGAACCCCGAUGUCACCAUCAGGGACGUCCCCGCGCGGACCCUCGCGGUGCACACGUUCAGCGGGAACCUGCGCCAGGCGGCAAUCGCCGAGCGCGGCGAGCGGCUUCGCAGGGCGCUGGAGGCUGACGGCGUCGCGGCGAAGGAGGGCGCCGAGGUGAUGGCGGCCGGGUACAAUCCCCCUUGGACGCCGUGGUUCUUGAAGACGAACGAGGUGAUGCUGGAGGUGUCCGGGAUGUGAUGCGCGAUGCGUCCGGUUCCCACCGCGACGGCGCUCGUGGCGACUGAUCGACACCAAGGUCCGAGGUUCUUGUCGAUCUUCGUUACGUGGCUGAGGGGUCGACGUUGAGUGCCUUCGUACAUCACUCACUCCUUCUCGAUAGAGGGGAUGGUGCAACUUGACGAUGCUUUCGAACGCCAUCGCGUCGCGAAGUUGCACCGUCCCCUCGCGAGAGCAACGUCGACGAACCCUUCCGCGCGCGAAGAUCGACACGAACACCAGUCGCCCCGACGGCCGAGCAUUCUUUGGUCUUUUGCGGGAAUUGCGCUCGUGCAGAGGCCAUCCUACCCGUCUGCUCGCUUCCUCGACGUGGUAAAGGUCAUCAGCUUGGGAGUGAGAUGCGUUGAAUGUCGCGAGUACAUCGUUCUCCCAUGUUUACCACGUCGAGGAAGUAUCCACCACACGAGCGCGAUGACGUAGACGAAGAAUGCUCGGUUCACUCCCGCGUGUCGAACCUUCUAAAAAGAUACCCGCCGCUAACGUUAGCUACUAGAGAUCUACGCGAAACUCACUCACGACCG